AUAAUUUAUCUUUCUGGAGUUAAACAGGUUAACGUGAAGUGAAUGCUUAAGCUGAAGAAGCAUCUACCCUAGAAAAUGCUUAAACAUAACCAUAGUUGGUGUGUGUGGGAUGAUUCCACGGCUUCUCGGAGCCUAUAUAAAUCGCCAAUUCUUAAUCAACGUUCGACACAUCAUACGUUUCUUCAUUGCAGAAAUUCAGACACUGUGGCAAUUCGUGACCAUGUCCUACCCCAAAUCCGAGUCAGUGUCUGGACCCUCUGAUUCGGAAGUUCCACCGACUGAACCCUCUGUGCCCAUUUCUUAUCCAAUCAAAACCCUUCAGGAGUUGGAGUCUCGCUCCUAUUUUCAGUCCUUUCACUACCCUUUCAACAAAGCUUCGGUUCCUAUCAAUGGGAAUGGGAAUUCUUCUUCGUUGCCCAAUAGGCGCAGAUUGCUUGUGUGCCAUGACAUGGCUGGCGGCUACUUGGAUGAUAAGUGGAUUCAAGGUGGCACUAACCCCGAUGCUUAUGCCAUUUGGCAUUGGCAUUUGAUCGAUGUCUUUGUUUACUUUUCACACACUCUCGUUACUCUUCCCCCUCCUUCAUGGACUAACGCAGCUCAUCGCCAUGGUGUUAAGGUGUUGGGGACCUUCAUCACUGAGUGGGAUGAGGGAAGGGCUGCCUGUGAUACACUGCUUUCAACAAAGGAAACUGCACAGAUGUAUGCAGAACGUCUGGCAGAGCUUGCUGCUGCGUUAGGCUUCGAUGGGUGGCUAAUAAAUAUGGAAGUAAAUUUGGAUCAGGAUCAAAUUUUUAAUUUGAAAGAGUUUGUAGACCAUUUAUCAUUAACAAUGCAUUCUUCUGUGCCUGGAUCGUUAGUGCUAUGGUAUGACAGCGUUACAGUUGAUGGUAAAUUGAAUUGGCAAGAUCAAUUAAAUGAACAUAAUAAACCAUUUUUUGAUAUAUGUGAUGGAAUAUUUGUGAACUAUACAUGGAAGGAAGACUAUCCAAGGCUCUCUGCUUCUGUUGCCAGUGAUCGGAAGUUCGAUGUGUACAUGGGAAUUGAUGUGUUUGGAAGGAACACAUAUGGUGGUGGACAGUGGAAUGUAAAUGUUGCUCUUGAUGUACUAAGAAAGAAUGAUGUCUCUGCUGCAAUAUUUGCUCCUGGAUGGAUCCAUGAGACAAAACAACCACCAGAUUUUGCAACUGCUCAGAAUAGUUGGUGGGGUCUUGUGGAAAAGUCAUGGGGAGUACCGCAAAAAUUUCCUGGAGUACUACCAUUCUACACUAAUUUUGAUCAGGGACGUGGUUAUCAUAUUUCAGUUGAUGGUGACAAUGUAUCAGAUGCUAGCUGGUGCAACAUGUCUUGCCAAGGCUUUCAGCCACUCCUUGGGUCUGCUGAUCCUACAAAUUCUAUUCAAGUUUCUGUAGACUUGAAGGAAGCAUCAUAUAAUGGAGGGGGAAACAUUACAUUCAGAGGAUCUCUUGAAGAUCAAACUUACUUUGAGAGGAAAAUCUUUCAAGGAGAGUUUCUUUUGAGCGAGUUGCCUAUCCACUUCAUUUAUUCUGUUAAAUCAGAUGGCAAUUCUUCAUUGGGACUUAAGCUCGAGUUCACUUCUACCAGCAACCAAAGAGCGUCUAUACUUCUCACAUCCCAUGCAGUGAAUCAUUUCUCAAGCAAUUUCAGCAAAGUAAUCAUGACUCGUGAACACAAGGGAUUAUCCUCUGGUUGGGUUAUAAAUGAAGGUGUAGUUGCAAUGAAUGGAUACACUUUAUCAGAAAUACAUGCAGUGUGCUAUAGAUCAGAUUCACCAUUCAAUGAAAUACGAUAUCAACACAGAUCAACUGGCAAUGAUGAAACUCUGGCUCCCCCAUCAAAUUAUUUUGCACUUCUUGGUCAUAUCACAAUGAAGACUUCUGACUAUAAGUCAGAUUUUCCUAUGUCUUCUUCUUGGCAAGUUGAAGGUAGCUGCAUAAAAUGGACAUCAGACCCUCUGGGUUCAAAGACCCUUGAUGUUAAAAUUUCUUGGGAACUGAAAAAUGGAAAUAAUUAUCUAUUUCUAAAAUACAACUUGUACUUGGUGAAAUUAUCAAAACAAGCACGUACAACAUUUGAGGAUGUGAAGGAGUACCUCGGAGUAGCAGAAGUAAACUGUUUUUAUGUUUCUGACCUCGAUAUUCCUUCAGACACUUCUAGUCUCAAAUUUAUAAUACAAGUUUGUGGUGUAGAUGGGACAAUUCAGGAACUGGAUGAGUCUCCAUAUUAUCAAUUGGAGGUUGAAGGUUCCUAAGUUGUCAUUAAUAUGUAAAAUUAUUUCUCCAAUAAAAGAAGGUCCCUAAAUUGUUAUUAGAAUGUUGUACCAGAAUUGAAUAAUUCAAGUUUAUGCUGCUGUAUGCAACAAAACUUCUCUCAGUUUCGCCUAUUAAAUCCAUACUUCCUAAUUUAAUGCUCAA